AUGGCAGCACCUGCGAGGAGUACGCCGCGCGAUGCCCAAGUUAUGGCAGCUAUACUGAAAGAUAUGGGGGUUUUAGAAUACGAGCCACGGCUUAUAAAUGCUAUGUUGGAGUUUGUCUACAGAUAUGUCACAGAUAUUUUGGAUGAUGCCAAAGUUUAUUCCACUCAUGCAAGCAAGAAGAACAUUGAUCUUGAAGACACCAAGAUGGCUAUCCAGUGUAGGAUGGACCACUCAUUCACUAACCCACCACCAAGAGAUCUGCUGAUGGAUAUAGCCAAACAUAAGAAUGGCCAGGUUUUACCACUGAUCAAACCUUACACUGGUCUCCGUCUACCACCAGAUAGAUACUGCCUGUCAGCACCCAACUACAAAAUGGCUGGCCACCGAGUGUCAAAGAAGCAUCAAUCAAGGAUACAGAUUGGAAUGAAUCAGAUUCCCGGAGGAUCUUUAUCUCAUCAGCGAAUCAACAUCACACCUCAUGGUAAAAUCAGUGGAAGUGGUCUCACUGUUGUUACAAAAAGUGUUUCCAUACCAACGGUUACCAUAGUAACCAAACCAUCAUCACAGCCAACAGUUCUAACAAAACCAGCAAUCAGGAUUGCAGGAGGAGGAUCCUUGGCAUCAUAUGCUCCAAAGAUGAAAGUGACAAGUUUGCCCCAGACGUCUCCGUCAGUCUCCAUGCUAUCGUCCAAUCAGCAGGUCACUGCCUCCUUACCUGGCAGCCAGCCUUCUAUACGAAUACAGCCAAUCUCCUCUACCACUUCAUCACUUAUAUCAAACCCACUCAAACGCAAACAUGAGGAUGAUGACUACGACACAUAGUCUGUAAUGGUGACGACAAUGACUACAACACAAACUCUAUUUACCUGUAAUAAGCCCAGGGGGCGUUGCAUUUAAAGUAAAGAGCUGUGUUAUUGACAAUGAGAAAACACUUUUACAUUUGUGCAGAAAUACACCUGGGCUUAAUUUAUACCAAGCAUUGGCCAGUUGUAUGAUAAAUAGAAUAAUCAUGUGGAGAAUGAUUACGAUGAACACCAUGUAAUCAUGUGAACAUCACUUUCGUACCAUGAAUGAUGAAGUCCAUAUGGUUUCCUCGAUAUAUCAUUUCAAGUAGAAUUUUUUCAUACAUAUUAGAUCACAUUUGAACAAAUGUUGUAGUGUUUUCUAUAGUGCUUUUGUUGCUGUUGUUUAAAUCAAACUGAAAAUAAUCUUUAUCGAGUAAAAAUUUGAUCAAAUGAGAAUGAGACUUAAGUACAUCUUAAUAAAUAGGGAGUUAAAUAACUUUGAUAUGAAAAUGUGAAAUGAUAUGUAUAUCAUAUGUGAUUCCCAUUGAAAUAUAACUGACCGUUAUACUUCUGUCUUUAUGGGCCUGUAUCUCUGGAAACCAUAUGUUCUAUGUUUUACACCAGCAGUCAACAUCUGUCACAAAACCUUGGUAUUUGAAAUGAGUCCUUGAAUGUCAUAUCAACUGGAACAUAUAGACACAGUAAGUUGGGAAAACACGAAUUUCAAUAUCUCGAAAUUGAAAAAUAAUAAUAGAAAAAUUUAAAUCAUGCUAUUACAAUAAAAGUAAAGAUGUAGGUUAACUUGACAGCAUCAAUAUAUAUAAAGUUGGAAUUGAAAGUCUUUGCAGGGUUUUUGUUUUCUGUUCUAAGUACAACUGUAGUUCUAAAUUGUAAUACUGCAACUUAAUUGUGUACAGUACUUAAUGGUAAAACACAGGUGCAGAAAGUAGUGUUGUUAUAUGUUUGGUUUCUGUGGAACAGUAUGUCUGAAAGAUGCAAAUAGAUUUAAGAUUACUCCAGGUAUAGACACGAUUUCAAUAUUGUGUCUGUAGCAAGACGUUAUCUUUCAAAUUGUGCAGAUGGGAUUAAAAUUUAUUGUAUAAUCAUGUAUUUUUAGAGUGCUAGAUGUCGAUAUAUCAUCGUAACACCACUGGCAAUUCUGUGGUUGUAUCUAGCAGAUAAAUGUACUGUACUGUAAAAGGGAUGCGAGGUUGAAUGGAAGAACACUAGAGUAGAUAUGUGUGUGUGUGUGACUUAAUAUUUAUGAAGUAUCUUAAUUGUUACUUCAAACUAUAUACAAUUUGUAUCAAAAUUGAAGACAUUAAAUGUCAUAAAAAAUA